AUGGCCACUUAUUCACCCUACGAGUCUACCCGGUACCGGGACGUCUACGCCCACUACGACGAGGACAGGUUCGCCAGUGCCUCGACAACACCUUCGCCCCGGCAACCGGCAUACUUCACCGAACUUCCUCCCCGACCACAACGACCGGCCACACGGGCUCACUUCCGGUCCGGCAGUGUCAGCGGCUACACCAACGCCUACAGCAGCCCUCGCGGCUCCUUCUCUCCCCGCUACACCAGCGACGGCCACUAUGCCACUGCCAAUGUGAGUCACUCGCGGUCAUCGCGCAAGCACAGCUUCUCGGUUCCUCGCUCCAACCCCAAGCGUGAGCGGCGAAGUUCCUAUUCCUACAAUUAUCGGGCUUCGGACUCCCAUGGGGAAUCCGACGAAGACGAGCUGGACCGGCUGGUGGUGGACGGCUUCGCCUACAUGCAGCCUCUCCAAUCGAGAUUCGACCGAUACAGCACUCGGGAUUACUUUACUGUCAAUGCUGGUGGACAAGGGACUGAUUACCACUACUAUGCACAGACCGGUCCGCACCGCGAUUACUAUGACAGAGAGUCCGCGUUUCCUUCCGCCAAGUACGACUCGGACCGGACGGACCGCAGACCUCUCGCAGGACAACGUCGCAGUUCCACAUCACAUGCAGUCCCCCAGCGCCCCCAGACAGCCAGGCCAGCCAGCUCCUCCCACAAGAAGCCUCCACCGCCGACACGUGUGGCGACCGAGGAAGAUGCCAAGAAUUGGAAGAUCCCUCCCGGAUAUUCGCUGAAGAACUGGGACCCCACGGAGGAGCCUAUCUUGCUGCUUGGGAGUGUCUUUGAUGCCAACUCCCUUGGCAAAUGGAUCUAUGACUGGACUGUCUACCAUCAUGGUCCCGCUACUCCUAUCUCUGAGAUGGCCGGAGAGUUGUGGCUGCUCCUGAUCCAGCUGGCCGGAAAAAUCAAGCGUGCCGAUCAAUGUAUCGACAAGGUCCGUUCCAAGGAGAACAAGGAGAUCCUCCAAGAGUUCAUGGACGCCGGUGACCGCCUUACCGACAAGCUUCGCAAGCUUCUCAAGGCCUGCGAGGCUCCCAUGCUUCGCUCUACUGCCAAGCAACGGAGCUCUUCGCUCGGCAAGGGCGCUGGCGUUGAGUUUGUCGACACGCUUUUUGGAUUUGAACGGGAGCUGGAGAAGACGGAGAAGUUCAUGUCCCAGCAGCAACGACGACAACAACAACAACAACAACAACAACAACAACAACAACAACAACAACAACAACAACAACAACAACAACAACAACAACAACAACAACAACAACAACAACAACAGCGGGGCGUCAUUGUAUCACGUCACACGACAACCCCUUCGACUGUGGAGUAUACUGUUGAUACGCUACAGUUCGACUAUGCGGAACAGGUGCGCAACCAAUAUGCCGCUGGGUAG